CAGGAUUGAACUCCUUCGCGAUUGACACCUUCGAUCGAACAUCGCCAUCAUCGCCAGCAUCGAAACCAAUAGAACCACCACCACGUGAUCGCGUUUCAGUUGGCCUGCCUGGCUAGGUCCUUCUCUUUUAGCGUUCGGUCCGGUGCUGUAGCGAAGACGCCACAACCAUGGCGAUGAUGUUCCGCAGCGAGGAGAUGGCACUAUGCCAGAUGUUUAUUCAGCCGGAGGCGGCCUACACGUCCGUCUCGGAGCUGGGUGAAACGGGUGCGGUGCAGUUUCGGGACCUCAACGCGGACGUGAAUGCGUUCCAGCGGAAGUUCGUGAGCGAGGUGCGGCGCUGCGAUGAGAUGGAGCGCAAGCUGCGCUAUGUCGAGGGCGAGGUGAAGAAAGACAACGUCCAUAUACCGGAGUGUUCGGCCGACGAGUGGCCCCGUGCUCCGAACCCGCGCGAAAUCAUCGAUCUGGAGGCGCGGCUCGAGAAGACGGAGAACGAAAUUCUCGAGCUGUCGCAGAAUGCGGUCAACCUGAAGUCAAACUAUCUCGAGCUGACCGAGCUGAAGCAUGUGCUCGAACGCACGCAGUCAUUCUUUUUCGAGCAGGAGGUGAUCGUGAGCAGUGAUGCCGCCAAAAGCAACCUGAUCGCCGAGGAUCCGAGCAUGGCACAGAGCCGCGGGCGGCUCGGUUUUGUGGCGGGAGUGAUCCAGCGCGAAAAGAUGCCGGGUUUCGAGCGGAUGCUGUGGCGCAUCUCGCGCGGUAACAUUUUCCUGCGCCAGGUGGAGCUGGAAGAGCCACUGGAAGAUCCGGCCACGGGGAAUGAAAUCUUCAAAACCGUCUUCGUUGCCUUCUUCCAAGGCGAACAGCUGAAGGCUCGCAUCAAGAAGGUCUGCACCGGGUACCAUGUGUCGCUGUAUCCGUGCCCCAGCUCCGGAUCCGAGCGCACCGAGAUGGUGAAGGGCGUCUGCACGCGGUUGGAAGAUCUGAAGAUGGUGCUGAACCAAACGCAGGAUCACCGCUCGAUCGUGCUGUCGACCGUCGCCAAGGAGCUGUUCAACUGGCGCAUCAUGGUGAAGAAAAUGAAAGCAAUCUAUCACACGCUGAAUCUGUUUAACAUGGACGUCACGAAGAAGUGUCUGAUCGGCGAGUGCUGGGUACCGGUGCCGGAUCUACCGAAGGUACAGAAGGCCCUAUCGGAUGGUUCGGCAGCCGUGGGCAGCACCAUACCGUCGUUUUUGAACGUGAUCGAAACGAACGAAGCGCCACCGACGUACAAUCGGACAAACAAGUUUACGCGCGGUUUCCAGAACCUGAUCGACGCGUACGGGAUUGCUUCGUAUCGGGAGGCCAACCCGGCCCUGUAUACGAUCAUUACGUUCCCGUUCCUGUUCGGCAUUAUGUUUGGCGAUCUGGGCCACGGUAUGAUCAUGGCCCUGUUCGGCCUGUGGAUGGUGACGGGCGAGAAGAAGCUCGGUGCGAAAAAGUCGACCAACGAAAUCUGGAACAUUUUCUUCGGCGGACGCUACAUCAUCCUGCUGAUGGGACUGUUCUCGAUGUACACCGGGUUCGUGUAUAACGAUGUCUUCUCCAAAUCGAUGAACAUCUUUGGAUCGGCGUGGAGCGUCGGCUACAAUACGACGACGGUGAUGUCGAACAAGGAUCUAACGCUCAAUCCCGGUUCGAACGAUUACGAGAGCGAAACGAUUUACCCGGUCGGGCUGGAUCCGGUGUGGCAAUUGGCCACCAACAAGAUCAUCUUCCUGAACUCGUACAAAAUGAAGCUGUCGAUCAUCUUCGGCGUGGUGCACAUGAUCUUCGGUGUUUGUAUGAGUGUGGUCAAUCACAACUUCUUCAGGAAGCGCAUUAGCAUUGUGCUGGAAUUUAUGCCGCAGAUCAUCUUUCUGGUGCUACUGUUCGCUUACAUGGUGUUCAUGAUGUUUUUCAAGUGGGUCGCCUACACUGCAAAAACCGAUUACCAGCCGCGAACGCCCGGAUGUGCACCGUCUGUACUUAUCAUGUUUAUCAAUAUGAUGCUGUUCAAGAACACGGAACCGUUCCACGGGUGCGAGGAAUUUAUGUUCUCCGGUCAGAACGAACUGCAGCGUGCGUUCGUGUUCAUCUCGCUCAUCUGUAUCCCGUGGAUGCUGCUCGGUAAACCGCUCUACUUGAUGUGCAAGAGGAAGAACGCUUCUCCCACGCCAAUUCCGAACAAUGGAGAUGUCCCGAACAAUACGUCCAGUCCGAAACCACACGACUCGCACGACGAUGAACCGAUGGCCGAGAUCUUCAUCCACCAAGCGAUCCACACGAUCGAGUACGUGCUUAGUACGGUAUCGCAUACGGCAUCGUAUCUGCGUCUCUGGGCUCUUUCCCUGGCUCACGCCCAGCUUUCGGAGGUCCUGUGGAACAUGGUGCUGUCGAUGGGCCUGAAGCAAACGAGCUACAAGGGAGCGAUCAUGCUGUACUUCGUGUUCGGUGCCUGGUCACUGUUCACCCUCGCCAUUCUGGUUAUGAUGGAAGGGCUGUCCGCCUUUCUGCACACGCUCCGUUUGCACUGGGUCGAGUUUAUGAGCAAGUUCUACGAAGGUCUCGGCUACGGCUUCCAGCCGUUCUCGUUCAAGCUGAUCAUCGACAGUGACGAGGAUCUGGAGUAACGCAGGGACUAGGACCUAUUCUAGCUCCAUUCACACUGCACCCCGUAGUAUUGUUUUUCUUCACCGAGGUUUGUAGGUUCGGUUUACCGAAAAGUGGGUCCGUUUUAUGGUUUCCAUCAAACAAUAAAGCACCCAGUUAGAUCCAUGGGCUCGGUAUAGUGCACACUCGGCACACGUAUUACUAUCUCGA